GUAGAAGAAGACAAACAUCAUAUUCGAAAGAUGGCGGUGAUCAAGGAAAAAGAUGGGAGACCAGGGAAACAGCCAGGAAAGGAAUCGCAGCCUUUGAUUAUAGCCAAAACUCCAGCAGAGGAGCAACGCCUGAAAUUGGAGAGAUUGAUGAGAAACCCUGAUAAACCUGCUCCUAUCCCAGACCGACCGAAAGAAUGGAACCCCCGGGCUCCUCCGGAGUUUGUGCGGGAUGUGAUGGGCUCCAGUGCAGGAGCUGGCAGUGGAGAAUUCCAUGUGUACAGACACCUUCGCAGGCGAGAGUAUCAGAGACAGGACUUCCUGGACAAGAUGACUGAGAAGCAAAAGAUGGAUUUGGACUAUCUUGACAAGGUGUCAGAUAACCAACAGGCAGCUGAUGAAAGAACAGCCAAACGCAGGAAGAAAAGGGAAAAGCUGAAGCAGAAGAAGCUUAUGGCAAAAAAAGCCAAGCAGGAUGCCAACAAAGGUGAAGAUUCUGAGAAGUCCUCCUCCAGCAGUGAAGAGGACGACCAGGAGAGGGAGGCUGAGGAUGAUGCAGAAGCGCCCAGUUUCGUCAUGGGGAAGAGAUGAAUUCAUGGCUCCGGGUCAUGAGACAUGCUCCAAGACGAAAUUGAACGGUUGGACAACAUCUAAUACCAGUUCAGAAGUCAACACAGCCAAGCAACACAGCCUAGCUUUGAUCAAUGUCAUGGAUUUGAGACAUUAUCUGAGAGCGAACCAAGGGAGAUAAGCCUCUGUUAGGUAACUGCUGUUCUUCCCAACUUGUGGUUAUAGUUAGAUUCUUUGAAUUGAGGAUGACAAAGCUGGGUUGUAUUCAUUAGGCACCAAAUGGUCUGUAACAGGGAGGGACUACCUGAACUUGAAAUAAGACUUGCUCGUUUUUGUUUUUCGUUGCAAAAACCUUUUGCUACAGUGUGCCCUGAUGAAUAUGAUUAUCAAGGUGUUAAUUUCAUGCAUGUCUCUACUUUGAAACUUGUGGUGUGAUAGUGUCAUUUCUCACAUUUUAUUUUAUACUAUGCUUGUGUAUAUAUUUUUCAUAAACAUCUGGGAAGAAUUGG